AUGACAAGUCCAGAGCUUCUCUCUCUCAUCUUUUUUCACCUCACUCUUGUCUUUUUUGUCUUGGAUCUUGCAAAUGCUCAAGGCUUGAAAGUUGGGUUCUACCAACAGACCUGCCCCUCCGCCGAGGCCAUUAUCAAGAACACAACAGCUCAAUACAUCUCUCGAGCACCAAGCCUUGCCCCUGCAUUGCUAAGAAUGCAUUUUCAUGACUGUUUUGUUAACGGAUGUGAUGGUUCUGUUCUCAUAAACUCUACCAAGAAGAACCAAGCCGAGAAAGAUGCAGCCCCCAACACAAGUUUAAGAGGUUUUCAAGUGAUUGAUGCUGCCAAAACUGCAGUAGAAAAAAAGUGCCCUGGAGUUGUUUCUUGUGCUGACAUCGUCGCCUUGGUGGCUCGAGAUGCAGUUUCAAUGAUCAAAGGAACAUCAUGGUCAGUGCCCACGGGACGAAGGGACGGAAGAGUGUCAACGGCCCAAAAUGCCUUGAAAAACCUACCAUCUCCAUUUUCCAAUAUAACUCAACUAAAAGCAUCUUUUGGGUCAAAGGGUUUGAGUGUAAAAGACCUUGCAGUCCUAUCUGGAGGCCACACCAUAGGGAUCUCUCACUGCUUUCCGGCCGUCACGAUCCGGUUGUACAACUUCACUGGCAAAGGUGACACUGACCCAACAAUUGAUCCAAACUAUGCAGCUGCGUUGAAGAAAAUAUAA